UAUGCACCUCUUCUCCGCCAUAUUGCCUUCGUCUGAAAUCUGUUUGUAGCUGGGCUUAGCCUCAACAGAACUUGUGCAGCUAUGACGCAGGCUGUCCAGACCAAUGGGGUUCAACCCCUCAGUAAGACGUGGGAGCUGAGUUUGUAUGAGCUCCAGAGAACUCCACAGGAGGCCAUCACAGAUGGGCUGGAGAUCGCAGUGUCUCCUAGGUCCUUACACAGUGAGCUAAUGUGCCCCAUCUGUCUGGAUAUGUUGAAAAACACAAUGACAACCAAAGAAUGCCUGCACCGCUUCUGUGCUGACUGUAUCAUCACAGCGUUGAGGUCUGGGAAUAAAGAAUGUCCCACAUGUCGUAAGAAGUUGGUCUCCAAAAGGUCACUACGUCCAGAUCCGAACUUUGAUGCUCUGAUAAGCAAGAUUUACCCCAGCCGUGAUGAGUAUGAAGCCCAUCAGGAGAGAGUGUUGGCUCGCAUUAGCAAACACAACAAUCAGCAUGCCCUGUCUCACAGCAUAGAAGAAGGUUUGAAGAUCCAGGCUAUGACCAGAUUGCAGCGCGGCAAAAGGCAUGCUGUGGAGAAUGGCAGUGGGGCUGAAGACAAUGGAGACUCCUCCCAUUGCAGCAAUGCUUCAGUCCACAGCAAUCAGGAGGCAGGUCCCAGCAUUAAGCGGACCAAGACCAGUGACGACAGUGGGCUGGACAUGGACAAUGCAGCUGAGAAUGGUGGAGGAGACUCUGUAAUUGAUGGCGGCGCCAGUGAAAUAGAGCUGGUCUUCAGACCCCAUCCCACUCUGAUGGAGAAAGAUGACAGUCAUAACAGUGUGGAGUUUGUUCCUCGAUACAUAAAGACGUCAGGGAACGCAACAGUGGACCAUCUGUCCAAAUACCUGGCGGUGCGACUGGCUCUGGAGGAGCUGCGGAGAAAUGCUGAGGCCAGUCCAGUGAAUGUGGAGGCAGCCUCUGAGAAACAGUACACCAUCUACAUACCUACAGCUGGAAAUCAGUUCACUGUCCUGAAUGGAUCCUUCUCUCUGGAGUUGGUGAGUGAAAAGUACUGGAAAGUAAACAAACCCAUGGAGCUGUACUUUGCCCCAACCAAAGAACACAAAUAGAGAAGCACACAAAACCAGUCGGCCGAGGCACGCAGUUGGACACACUUGAUCUUGGAGUGGAGCUGGAGCAUGUCUUCAGGGAUGAGGGAGGCCGACCUCCACCUGGACUCCUGUAUAAAGAAAAAAACAUUUUAUAAUCUCUGUAUCCUUGUGUUUACUUGUAUCAUUCUCAGUAGAAAGUAGCAGGCUGCAGCCAACCCCGGUGGACUAGAUCCUCCCUGUCACUUUCAGUAAAACCCCGGCUAUUGUCAAUAAUAAAUUCCACUUUCUCUUCUAUACAUCCAACGUUUGUUUGUGGCACACAGGGGGAUAAUUUGCUGUGUAUCAUCUGGAGUCUCAAUGUAUCAAAAUGUGCUUCAAUUGUGUUUUUGUGAUAAAUGAACACUUGUCUGGAACGUUAUUUUUCAGCUUUUGUACAGAACAUCUUAAUACAUUACAGUAAUGUUCUUAUAGACACCACAGGAAGCUGCAGCCGUUGUCAAGAAAAUGAAGACUUCUCUCACCACAUGCAUGAUGUGUUCUUGCCUGCAAUUUAUUCUAUCUGAAUCUUGCUCUUCAGACUCAUGUCACGGACACAACAAAACUCUGGCACAUCAAUGCUGCGUGUUCAAGGUGUCACAGUCCCAAAUUGAUCUGAGCUGAAGUGGAUUGGGGUACACUGAAUAGAUCCUCUCACAUUGUACAAACUGAUCAAUAGUUUAGUUGUUGGUGUGCUUGUGUUCUUGUUGGUCUGCUCAAGUUGAUUAAGCCUCUAUUUUGUUCUGGGCAAUUUUCUUGAUUUCUUCGAAUUAUACAUGUAAUGUGCCAUUUUGUUGACAUUAAAAAUCUUUUA